AUGUAUGUUGAUGAAGUUGAUAAUGUUAAUGUAGAAUAUGAAGACUAUAGCUUAUAUUCGACUAAUAUUAGUCUCUGGCCGAACAUUUUAAAAGACAGUUUUAGAGAAUACUUUAUUUUAAAUCCUCCAAAGCAAAAUAUGGAUAGAAUUGAGAAUUCAAAAAAGUUUUUAUAUGGAAAUUGGCGAUCACUUAAUGCUUCUCACUUUUAUUAUACUACUAAAAACCAACAAAAAAUUAAUAGACAAUGGCUAGUAUAUUCAGAAGAGUGUGCAAAAUUGUUUUGUUAUGUUUGUAAACUUUUUAAUUCUAUUUCUAAUGAUAAAAGACAGCUCUGCCAAUCUGGUUUAGAUGAUUGGGUGCAUAUUUCAAAACGUCUUGCUGAACACGAAAACUCUAUGGAACAUAGAAAUUCUGUAUGUACUUUAUCAAUUCGUGCAUCCACCUUGAAACGAAUUGAUCAGGAAAUAGUAUUACAACACAAUAAAGUCGAAUAUUGGAGAAAUGUUUUAAAAAGAGUUAUUGAAGCUAUCAAAUUUAUUUCAAUUCGAGGAUUGCCAUUUUUCGGUGAUGAUGAGAAACUGAAUUCUGAUCAUAAUGGCAAUUUUCUUGGUAUUUUAGAACUGAUAAGUAAAUUUGAUCCUUUCCUUGAAAAUCAUCUUUCUCAGUUUGGAAAUAAAGGCUCAGGAAAUGUAAAUUACAUAUCUUCAUUUACUGUACGACAAAUAGUUGAUCAAAUGGCAUCUAAAGUUUUAAACCAUAUUGUGACAGAAAUUAAAAAAGUAAAAUAUUUUGGCCUUAUAGUUGACUCUACGCCUGAUAUAGCUCAUGUUGACCAACUGUCAUAUAUCUUAAGAUAUGUUACUGAAGAAGGUGAAGUAUUAGAACGAUUUAUUAAAUUUCAAAAUAUAUAUAGCCAUACUGCAGAAUCGUUAACAACCCAUAUAGUUUCUCUUUUAAAAGAACUGAAUAUUAGCAUCAACAAUUGUAUUGGGCAAUCAUAUGACAACGCGUCAAACAUGUCGGGAAAAUAUUCAGGGCUGCAAGCACGAAUUAAACAACUCUCUCCUAAAGCAGAAUAUGUUCCCUGUGCUGCUCAUUCCCUAAACUUGGUUGGUAUUUCAGCAGUUGAGUCUUGUUUAGAAGUUGUAAAUUAUUUUGGAGUGAUACAAUCGCUUUAUGUUUUUUUUUCUUCAUCUCCUCGCAGAUGGGAUUUAUUAAAAGAGCAGUUAAAAUGUAAUAAAACUCCAUUAACAUUGAAAUCAACAUCCAACACUCGUUGGUCAGCUGACGCUAAUGCAGUUAAAGCUCUACGGUUGGGAUAUAACGAAAUAUUGACUGCACUAUCAAACAUUUAUAGUGAUGAUAAUCAAAAUUUAACAACGCAAUAUGAAGCCAAAACACUUUACGCAAAGCUUAAACAAAAGGAAACUGGUAUCAUGACCAUUAUCUGGCAUGAAAUUCUUCAAAGAAUUAACAAAAUUAGCAUGGAUAUUCAAGUAUCUACUACAAAUUUAUCUUCUAUUGUUCCAUUAAAAAAACAACAUACUAGAAGUAAGUGUUUAGAUGAACCGAAUAAUCCAGCUAUAAGUUUAUCUGCCGAAGAAAAUUUCAUUUACAACACUCAUUAUGUAAUAUGUGACAAAUUAAUUGCUGAAUUGAGAAAAAGAAACAAUGCUUAUGAAGAAUUAGAAAAAAAAUUUGGUUUUCUCUUUAAAGAUAUGGACAGAUCAGAAAUACAAAAAUGUUCUAAAAAUAUAUUGGAUACAUAUUCAGAUGAUUUAGAUUCUGAUAAUUUUGAAUGUGAAAUUAUUCAGUUUCAAGAGUUGAAAAAGUCAUUUCUCGAAUAA